UUACACACUGCUGACAUGUUGAUUGCGCAAAUCGUUUAAAAGGGAGUUCAUGUUUUUGUAUGACAAACAUUUUUUCGAAGUUUAAAUUAACUUGUUUGCACACUAAUUCUUCGACUGUUUUGUUGUUUUUUUUUUGUUGAAUAUAAUUCCAAAGUAUCAAAUUUUAUUGAAUGAACGAAAAUCAUCGUGUCCACUUUAGACCUACGAGAAGAAAUAGUUAUCAACUCAAUGUCGAGGAAGCAAUAGCCAAUCUUAAACUAUUUAUUACUCAGGAACGGGAGAUUGGAGACGUCUUUCAGGAAUAUCAGCGACAGAAUAUUGACGUUGAUGUUCACAUAAUUGCAGGCGAUAAAUGGAACCAAAAACUGUUUAAAGUUCACAAAUUGAUUCUGAAGGAACGAAGUGAUUAUUUUAAAGUAGCACUAUCCGAUCAAUGGGUGCGAAAAGAUCCAACCGGAAUCAUUAUCUUUCGAAAAGAGAAUAUAUCACCGGAAAUAUUUGUUUUGCUCCUUGAAUACAUUUAUACCGGUAAGGUUUCGGUGCCACUUUGCGAUACAGACGUUGAUUUUGUGGAUUUGAUUGGAGCGGCCGAUGAGAUUUUGCUUCCACAAUUGGUUAUUUCCUUAGAAGGAUACCUUGUUGACAUGUAUUUAUCAGAGUCCACAAAAUUACUUGAAGUCGAAACAUGGUUGCAAUCAAACAUCGUUCGCUUAGUUUCACUGAAAAAAGAUAUUCCGGAAGGUUUGAGCUUAAUUCGAUCACGAUUUGAAAAACAUGUUCGAAUAACAGGUCAUGAUUCCAUCCAAGAGAUCACCGACAAUAAAAAUGCAAGCUCUGUAGAAUCCACGAUAUACGUUAAUACCCUUUUAAAAGUUUUCAACAAAUAUCAUCACAUGGUUCAAACCAUAUUCGAAAACGAAGCCGGAUUUGUAGCAUCAUUUAAUGAAUUUUGCCGUGAAUUUAUCAAUCGCAACGUACCAUUUUUUUCAUCACCAUCACAAUUGCUUGUGGAAUUUUGUGACAUAUUUCUUCGCCGGAAUGAAAAAAGUUCAAUGGUCGAUAAUAAGGAUGUUAUUAACAAUAUUAUAAACAUAUUUAAAUAUCUCCAUGACAAAGAUUUUUUCAAAAAAUUUUAUUCCCAACUGUUAGCUGAACGUCUUUUGACUCAAAGCUCUUUCUCCGAGGAGGCGGAAUUGAACAUGAUUUCCAGAUUAGAGAAUGAAUGUGGCCUCGAAUAUACAUCCAAAAUGCGACUUUUGUUCCAUAAUAUUGGAUUAAGUAAGGAUCUUAAUAAUCAGUUCAAGAAACAUUUGAAUACUGAUGAUGCAGAACAAGUUGAAUUUUACAUUUUAGAUAUGGAAGCCUUGCCAAUGUCACCAGUUGUUUCCAACCUGAUCAUUCCAGAUGAAAUAGAGAAAACUUUUCAACGUUUCAAGAAAUUUUAUAAAGACAAAUAUCCUUCCCGUAGACCAAAAUUGCUACACCAUUUAUCAAAAGGUGAACUAAAAGCAAAUUACCUAAAGACACCAAAAGUAUUCCAGGCAUCAACAUAUCAGAUGAGCAUUCUUCUACAGUACAAUAAUAACACUUCUUAUACCCGUGAAGAAUUGCUUCAGAAUACGGGUAUAAACCAAGAUUUAUUGGAUCAACAACUAAAAUAUUUAACUGAUUUAAAACUUUUACUUCUUGAUAAGACAACGUACGACUUGAAUUUUGAGUUCAAUAGUGAAGCAUUUCAAAUCACAUUAAAAGAUCCUGAAGAAGCAAUGCAAUUUCAUUUUGAACUCCAACGUAGACUUGUGGAGGAAAGGAAAUUCCAAAUUGAGAGCACAGUUUUUCAAACUAUACGUCAUCAUAGAGGAAUUAGACAUGAUUCAUUAGUAUGUGAAGUUGUCAUGAAACUUGAACAUAAAUUCCUUCCAGCACCCUCUAUGAUUAAAAAAGCAAUUAAUAGUCUCAUAGAAAGAGAACAUAUAGAGUAUGUAGAUAAGGGGUAUAGAAAAGUACUUUAAUUUAGAGUUAGUUACAUAAUUUUUUUUUUGUUUUUGU